AUGGCUUAUUUAAAUAAAUCUCAAAAAGAUAUUGGGAAGCAUUUAGCGAUAAUUAAAAAUUUCAUUAAUUAAAUUAUAUCCAUCUCUAUGAUUUGUGUGAGACAUCACACCUUUUUAAACUAAAAAUAUGGAAUCUUCAACUAAGACAAUCUCUUAAUGAUUGGAAAAUCUUAGAUCAACCCCAAAUAUCGUAUUCCUUAUAGUAUAGAGAGUAUUAUUACCUGGAGCUUCAAUGACAGUCAAUAAUUGUAAGGGUUCGAGAUGAUUAUCAAUGGGAAGAAGAAAUGGUUUGAUAUGAGUCCUCAUCAGACAUUUUAGUUGAUGCAGAUUUUGAAUGGAAGAUUUCUUUACAGAAAUAUUCAAGCCUUCUAUCAAUUCUUGUACAUUAUAGGAGUAGGAAGCUUUAGUAAAGUAAUCAAAGUAUUUCACAAUAUUGAGAAGUAGUUCUACGCUUGCAAGAUCCUUAAAUUGACUUAAUUUGAUGUAUCCUAUAAUUUAAUAUCACCCAAGGAUUUUAAAAACGAAUUUUCCAUACUUUAAUCUUUGGAUCACCCAAAUAUCAUCAAAGUGAAAGAAGUUUAUUUGGAAGACAAGCAGAUCUGGUUAAUAACGGAUUUGGUCGAGGGAGGGACAUUGAAAGAAUAUUUAGAAAAAUUAACUGAAAUUACUCAAUUUGAAGUAUAUGUAAUUAUGAAACAAAUAUUAAAUAUUGUUUAAUAUUUACAUUCGAAAGGAUAUGUUCAUCGAGAUAUCAAACCAGAGAACAUUUUAUUAAGUCAAUAUCGUGACCCUUCCAAACUAUACAUGAUAGAUUUCGGAUUGACAGCAAAGAAAGAAGAUGUUGCCACUCGAUACCCUAAUUGUGGUACUCCAGGCUAUAUAGCACCUGAAGUGAUCAAUUUUGAUCCUCAUCAUCCGUAUGAUGAAUUAAGUGACAUAUUCAGUUGUGGAGUUCUAUUACAUAAAAUAAUUUAUGGGACAGAUUUAUUUGAUGGAUCUUUUUAUAGUGAGGUUUACUUUUAGAAUCAAUAGUUUCGUUUGGAAUAAGAGUAAUUCGACUAUAAUGAAUUCGAACCACUUCUCAAAGGAAUGUUGCGAGAGAAUCCGAAUACCAGACUAACUGCUACUCAAGCCUUAGAGAUGUUGGAAUAGAUUGUUGCGAACAGGAAGGAUGUUUUCGAAGUAGAGGUUUCGGAUUCAGAAGUGCAACAGGUUAGGACAGUUUCAAUUUAAACAUUGAGAAAACUAGGGUGUUGA